GCUCCGGGUCUAACUAACAGCCGCCAUCUUGGAGAGAAGACUUAGGCGGUCUAUUCAAAACGGAAGCGUCUCUGUUGUUGAUUAGUUCCUGGUAUGGAUUAUAGCAAAGACUGCAUUCAAACGUAAAACUAUAAACGUAUUUCAAAAUAAAUCGUUUAAUCUGCGCACUGGUUGUUGACGAUCUACUGCGAAUUAAAUAUGAUGUGCUAACCUGCUAGCAGAAUACAGGAAAUAAACAAUACGUCGGAGGUUGCCAGAUUGGUGUUGUUGCCUGGUUGAAUUGUAUGCCAGUUUGUUUACUUUUUCGUUUCGUUUUUGCGUUCGAUUAAUCAUGUCAGUGCUAAAUAUGUAACUGCGGGAAGUGAAUGCUUACGUGAGAUGUUGAAGAAAAUCCCAAAUGUUACGUUGAAAUUAUUAUCGAUAUCGAAGUUUGAAUUUUUGCACUAGGGGGUUUCUUAGGAUAACCUGGCAACCCUGGUAACUACGCAAGUGAUUUAACUGUCAAGUCCAGCUUGGACAAUAGAGUUUCUGAAACGUUGGCAUGUGAUUUUAACAAACAAUUAUCAGGUAUAUCCUGUACAUCAAUCCUCUUAAUGUAUGUUUACACCAGUUAGAUAUCAGCCACGAAGAAGCUUAACUAGUGCUACGGCGGAUUAGCUACGUUUCAGGUUCCUUUGCGUGUUGCACAGUUGAUUUGACUCUGAUCACAAUCACCAGAAUAAUACUGGAGCAUGAAACGAAAAAGCACAAAAGUGAGUCGACUGAGUCCUAAUGAAGAGGCACAACUGGUCCGAGAGGAACUGCAGAGAAGAAGAAAACUGAGAUUACAGCAAGUACGGGAACAAGAGCGCUCGAUUGCUCUGCACCUGCGGCGUGAAGUGCAGGAGAGGAGAGAGAGAGAGCUGCAGAGUCUCGCCACAGCGCUCAGGGAUGAGUGGCAGAAACAGAGAGGAGAGAGAAUACAAACCCUGGAGAAACUCUACAAGGAAAACCUCAGAGAUUUGGGCCAGGGGCAGCGCAGUGCCAAAGAAAAUGAGCCGAACCGAGAAGCUCUGGCUCUGAAAAGGGAACAGAAUGACCUGCGAGCUGCAGAGAGGCAUCAGAAGGCUCUUCAGAGUCUCAUCACCCAAAGACAGGCUGACACGGAGCAACGAAAUCGACACAUCGAAGCACGGAAGAAGGCUCUGAUGGUGGAGAAGGAGAGGGCAGCAAAAAUUGCCAGUCUUCCUCACUCUGCCCCGGACCCUAUAGAGAGUGUUGCCAUUCAGACUCCACUACAGCCCAAGGUAUCCACAGUGCAGCAUUACUCCAUCACACACUACCACGUCCCAGAGACAGCAGUGGACAGAGAAGCGGAUACAGCACAGCUGCACGCUCAGGAGGCAGCAGUGUUGGAGACUCGGCGGUUGGAAGAGCUGGAGAAAGAAGAAUCCCGUGAGAGGCAGGAGCAACUUGAGCGUGCACGGGUUAGAGGAAACCAUGCACUUUGUAAGGAAAAAGGCAUACAGGACAACGCCAGGUUGCUCUGCGAGUUGGAGCGGCUGCAGCAGGCUGAGCUGCAGCGGCGAAGGCAUGUGGUGAAUAGCAUGCCGGCGCAGAUCUUCCAACCGCUCUACAGACACGAUGAACUAAGAACCGAGCAGCAGAGAGAUCUGGAAAACGCCUUUCAGGACUUGUGCACUGAAGAUAAAGAGAUCAGAGAUGACCUGGUCCUGCAGAUGGUGUCCGAGCCUCUUCCUCCUCCUGUUCCGUCUGCUAAAACCGACAGUACACCUGAAUGUGACGUGGACCUGGAUGUGACCCUCGAACCCAAGGAGACGCCAUGUGAGGAGAAGGAAGAGAAAGACACAGGACCGGAGCCUGUUGCUUCUCAAAGCUCCUCAGUGCCUGCAGAGGGUACUGGUAGAGUGGCUCUGAGGAGGCUCCUGAACCGCAUCAGGACUCAGAGGGAUCAGUGGAGCAGGAGAGAUCUUGAAGACAGGCAAGGAGGAGUCCGAGUGGAGAACACCAGCAAUGAAGAUGGAUCACCUAGCAACCUGGAAUGGCAGCAAGCUUCUAGCCUGGAAGAAGGCACAGUUGAUACAUCCGUGGCAGAAAAUAAUUCCAAGAUGAGUGAAGACUCCAUUGUGGCUGGACCCAUGCUUCAACCUGACCAGCAAAUUACAGAAAUGGACCAGAGAGUGAGGGAAGAAGAGCUGAAGAGGCAGCAAGAGGAACAGUUUGCCCUGCUCCAGGAGCUGGAGGAGAAACGGCGCAGUCUGGAGCUUCAGCUAGAGGAGGCACAGCUGGCUAGGCAGAGGCUACAGGAUGCUGUACAGGUGCCUUCUGGGAUACGUAGUGUACAGGAAACCCCGACACCACCGCAGGAAAUGGUUCGUGAACCUUCACCUGAGGUGAAUGUUUCAGAUAGUAUGCACAUACAGAAACUCCAGCAAUAUCAGCAAAGACUCCUGAAGCAGAACCGAAUUCACCGGAAGACUAUUGAUGAAGCUCGUCAGAGUCUUGAGGAAUACAAGCAAAUGUUGAAGAUGCGCUAUGCUCCUGUUGCCAUGACAGCGGCACAAACGCUACCACCUUCUGAAGCCAUUCACUCUUUUCCUCCUUUGCCUCAUAGGACACUCUCAACUGCCGCCACACGCCUUUUAACCACUGACACCGAAUCUCAAGUCUCUCGUGAGACACCAGCGGUGAACCUAAAGCAAACCCACAACAAUAUUGUACUUACAGACCCAGCUUUUCUCAUUCAGCAUCCUCUACCUAGUCCCAGCCUCACCCUGUCUACACACCCAGAUACCCAUGUAAUGGAACAACCUGUCUCUGUGCCCAUCAGUAUCUCUCACUCAGUGCAUGAGGAUGGCUUGGCUUUGAUUCCACAACCAGCAGCCAGCUCUUUAUUAGACACAACACCUUCAGACGGUACUUUGGAGUGUCAAGACGUUCCUCUACUCCCCCCUGCUGUGUUUCUUGAAUACAUGCGAAGCAGGCGUUCUCAGGCACAGCCCACGCACCUGACUCCGAUCUCUCAGCAGGGCACAAAAGAUCCUGGUGUUGUGCUGCAGGAAGAGGUUGAGAACCGUGACCCAUAUUGGGACGCAGAAAUGGAGAAAAAUCAGCAGGUCAGAGAUCGGAUACGAAAACAAAGAGAUGCCUUGCACUCAAUACUUAGAGCACAGCAUGCAAAGGAGCAGUCAGUCUCACUGGAAAUUCAUGACAGUGCUGUUAUGGAUGCUCCUGUGAAGACUUAUGAGAGGAGUAAUGAACCCCUCCUGGUCCCUACAACACCAAGUCACAGCCAACAAUCUCUUCUGUUUGGGUCCAAUGCAAAUUCUGGAUCUACAAAACAUUCUCCGUGCGAGUCAACAAGUGGUGGACAUGUCAAUCCACCGGUCUCUUGCCCACCGCGGACACUCCAGAUCCUUCUGCAUGACUUCGAGCAGCACAAACUCAGCACCAUUGAGGAAGUGGAUACUCCAGUUAAUGUUACCAUGGAUACAGCUGCUGAGGUAUGUGUGGAGAGUUCAUCAACAGAGAACUCUGAUUACUCUAGCUCCUGCAGCCUCUCUAUGACUCCGCCCACCGUGGGCUCAGCGAGCAGUCGGGGGCCAAGCUCAGGGGUCACAAGUUCAGAGGAUGGCACACGCAGACCCAGCAAACUGUCAUGGAGAGAGAUGCUACAGCUGGAAUCAGCAGCUUCACAUGCAGACUCGACAGAGCAGCAGCAGGAAGAGGAGGUGGAGCUGGUCUUACCACAUAACGGAGCUUCUGGUAUGCCAGAUUUUCUUUCCUCGACCACCCUCUCAACAGGCAGCUACAUCUCUAGCGAGCAUGACCCCAACUUUAACAUUACAGAUUCUUCUUUGUUCAGCAAUGAGUUUCCUGCAAGGCCUGAAGCCUCUCUCACCUGCUCCAGCAGCAGUAACAGUCUACAGCACAUCAUUGAUAAAUACACUAAAGAGCUGGACAUAUCCCUCAGAUCGGUUCAGACCGGUACAGGAGCCAGUGACUCUGCAGUAACAGCCCCAGACAGUGGGACCACAGCUUUAAGCUUCUAUGCAGAGCAGAACACUGACAUUGGAACACUUCCAACAGUACAACCUCCAAUGCUUCCUUUACAGUGCAACCCAGAGGACAGCAAUUCCCUGAAUACCACCAUGCAGGAUACCUUUCAGGCUCUUUCUCCUGAGAUCACAAACAACAACAUGACUGAAUGUUCCAUAACUCUGCAACAUGCGUCGAAUCCACCUGUCGAGAACUCUAACACUAACACAGAAACAACUGCCUCCGAUUGGCUUGAAUGUGGCCUUUCUCAACACCUCUCCACUACUGAUGACCAGUCAUCGUCAUCGGGCUUUCCUCAGUGGGAAUGGACGCUGGGGAGCAACGGCGGAUUAAGGAAUCUAGAAGCAUCCGUCUCACAUGAAGUAUCCAGCUUGCAGAACGCUAGUGAGGUGACGAUUGGCACUCUUCCAGAAAAAAGCUUUGAGGAAACCGAGCUGUCUUCCAACAGGUCAUGCAGCCAGUUGGAGGAAGUGAAGCACAGCCUCCAAGAUGCUUGUACUAAGAGCCAAGAAAAAGCAAAAGAGUUCAGAAUGAAAACGCUGGAGAAACUAAGGGCCAAACGAAGAUAAUCCACAUUCCUGUCUAUUUUGUCUGAUAAACACUUGAAGCGUAUUUUUUAAUGUUUGUCUUCCCCUGACACUUUUUAAAAUGCAUUUUAAUUUAUAUAUUAAAAGGUUCUACUUAUCAAAA